AUGUCUAUAUUACGGAUAGUGUUAUUUAGGCCACAAAUUAAUUAUAAUUUUUGUUAUAGGGAUUCAUUGUUAUUACUCGUUUCUAAACAAAGAAACAGACUAUUCAAUAUAACAAAAAGAAAAUUUAAUAGUAGCAUUAAAGAACAUGCAACAAAUAAUACUAAUAAAUUAAAAAUUUUACCAUCUAUUUUAAAAUUUGGUUUAGGUAGUGUAGGUGGUAUAGCAAUAACAUGUUUAAUAAAAUCACAGAGCUCAGCUGUAGAAGGUAAAGCAUUGAAAGUUUCGGAAAAUAUUAAACAAGAUGAUACAGAAUUAACAUUUAAGUGGAAAAAGUUCUUUGAAUAUUUAUAUCCAUACCUUUUGCAAUUAUUAAUAGCUCUAUCAAGUGCAAUGGUUGUUGCUGUACUAAACAUUUGGAUACCACAGAAGGUGGGAAAUGUUAUAAAUGUAUUGACAAAAAUUUUAUCAAGUAAAGAACAUAAUGCUGUGAAAAAUGUGCUAUCGCAACUUACAGAGCCUGCAUUUGCAUUAGCACGUAUGUAUGUUGCACAAGCACUUUUUACAUUUGCAUAUAUUUAUAUGCUUUCACAUGUGGGUGAAAGAAUAGCAAUGAAUUUAAGACAGGAUUUAUUUAAAUCAAUCAUAAUGCAAGAUAUUGCAUUCUUUGAUAAAAACCGUAGUGGUGAAAUAGUAAGUCGUUUAACCAGUGAUAUUCAAGAUUUUAAAAGUACCUUUAAAAUAUGUAUAUCACAAGGCUUAAGAAGUACCACACAAAUUAUUGGAUGUAUAGUUUCUGUAAUGGGGAUUUCGCCACAAUUGACUGCCGCUGUAACGUUAUCUUUACCUACCAUAAUUCUUAUUGGUACAUUGCUUGGAAGAAGCUUAAGAAAAUUAUCUAUAGAGGCACAGAAUCAACUUGCUAAAUCCACAGCUGUAUGUGAAGAAGCCAUACAGAAUAUCAGAACGGUAGUGUCAUGUUCAAUAUUGAUAACAAGAUUUUUUUAAAAGUUAGGUUUUGGAAUUGGUUUGUUCCAAGGAGGAACAAAUAUAUUUCUUAAUGGUAUUUUACUUUGUACCCUAUAUUUCGGUGGACAUUUACUGUCUACUGGACAAUUAUCGCCAGGGGAAUUAAUGGCAUUUUUAAUGGCCACACAAACGAUACAAAAAUCUUUAUCACAAUUGUCACUAUUAUUUGGAUCAUAUGUUAAGGGUAUUAGUGCUGGCGCUCGAGUUUUUGAGUACCUGGAAAUGCCACCAUCACCAAUGAUGGUUAGCGGAGAAAUUAUUACAGAUCAAUCCCUUGCGGGAAAUAUAACAUUUAAAGACGUGAAGUUUAGUUAUCCAACUAGACCAGAACACGUAAUUUUAAAGAAUUUUAACUUACACAUUCCUGCAGGUAAAACAGUAGCUAUUGUUGGUGCCAGUGGUAACGGUAAAUCGACGAUAGCUGCUUUAUUAGAAAGAUUUUACGACGUUAAUAAUGGUUCAAUUACAAUUGACGGUAAAGAUUUAAAAUCGCUUAACGCUAGUUACCUCCGAGGUAACGUUUUAGGAUAUAUAGACCAAGAACCUAUCUUAUUUGCUACUAAUAUUAUGGAAAAUAUACGGUAUGGAAAACCAGAUGCUACAAAUGAAGACGUCAUUGAAGCCGCUAAAGAAGCAAAUGCUCAUGAGUUUAUCAUGAAAUUCUCGAGUAACUACAAUACGCAAGUAGGUGAAAGGGGAGCGCAACUUUCUGGUGGACAAAAGCAACGUAUUGCGAUCGCAAGAGCUUUACUUAAAAGACCAUCUAUUUUAAUUUUGGACGAAGCUACGAGUGCAUUAGAUUAUGAAAGUGAAAGAAUUGUGCAAAAUGCUCUAGAUGACGUUACUCAAGGAAGAACAGUUUUGGUAAUUGCCCACAGAUUAAGCACGAUUAAAAAUGCUGAUAUCAUCGUUGUAUUACAGCGAGGAGUAAUCGCAGAAAUGGGUACUCAUACAGAACUGAUUAAAAAGAAAGGUUUAUAUUAUACUUUAGUAAAUGAACAAGAUAAAGAGAACGUGUAA